GUUCAAUCACUUCCUCUGCUUUCUCCGACACUGCAGACCGCGGCUUUGCACGACGAAGAAACGGCAUAUACCAUAAAACUGCACGUGAAUAAUGAUGCAUACUGACAUUUGGAUUAUGGACUUUUUUUUUUUUUUUUUAUCAAUCUAUCUGGUUUUCGAUAUGAGUUUACGGAUACAGGCAUUUGGACGGGAAAUACGAGUUACGGUCAUGGUUUGUUUGUUCGUGUUGUUUAAAGAAUCCAUUGCGAAAGAGAUGCCUAAUGAUCAAGAUGCGGCCAACGAGACGAAUUGGUCGGCCGUUCAAACCAUCCUUGAGCUCGGCUCAUUGGAAGAAAUCAUAUCUUCAAACUGUGUAUUUGUUGUUAUCUGUAUUUUUUUCCCCCCUCUACCGUGUAUAUCUUUUCUCCUGCGGAAUUGAGUAUGUGAUCGCUCGUCGUUGACAUUGUAUAAACGCUUACUAAGGCCACAUUCAACAACAUGUGCGAUUGUGAUGCUGCCUGCAAUGGAGGAAGAGACCUUAGCAGAGGCCAGGUUCGAACUUGUGAAAACUGAAGGCGUCAAGGGGUAAGACAAGAAUGUUAGCAAACUAGAU